AUGAUAAAUGCAUCGGUUGUAUGUUCUCUUCUCACAGAGAAGUUUUCUCAAUCUACAGGAUCGAGAAAAAUUAGUCUUCAAUCUCCAUCAGCACGUGAAGAAGAGGUUACCAAUCAUUUAGCUGAAUUAUUAAAUACAAUUAUCAACUGUCAUGAGUUUACUGUAGAAAGUGAAAUUUCUCUUGAUUACAUUUUCGAUGAUUUAACCGAAGAUGAAUUUGAUCAAUAUGCUGUAUCAGAAGACUCUGAAUUAGAUCCUGAUUUCCACGACACGGAUAACGAUGACAGUGAUGGUCUUCUUCAAAAAUUUUCUUUAGAUUAUAUGAAAAAGGUUAUUGAAUAUUAUGAUGAAAGAAAUCCGUUGACAGGAAAACGCCGUCGGUCUUGGAAGGGUGUGAAGCGUCGAUUUAAACAUGUUACACAUUCAUCAUAUAUAUCUCGUUUUCGUGCUUAUAUUGAAAAGGGAGGAACGAGAACGCAAAAAUGGGAAAAUAUUAAUAAUUAUGUUUAUCAUAAAUUUGAACAAGCUCGAGAAUCUAAUCUUCCUGUACAUGAUCUCGACUUACGUCGUUUGGGCUUAGAAAAAGCUAAACAAGAAUUAUUCCAUGAGUUUACUGCUUCCGAAAAAUGGUUGUUUAAUUUUAAAAUAGAGCACAACAUAUGCUCGAGAAAAGUAACUAAAGUAAUAACAACCAAACAAGUAACAAUUAAAGAAGAAGUUCAACAUUCUGCUGAUGAAUUUGUAUCAACUGUACGAAAUCUUUUACCAAAAUAUAAUCCUGAUUAUGUGAUAAACAUAGAUCAAUCUGGUAUUCAACUUAAGUUUUAUUCAACUCGAACCCUUUCUUUUAAAGGGGAAAGAAGUACUGCCAUAAAUGUUCGUUCGAAGAAUGCGACCAGACAUUCAUUUACCGUGCAACCAUGUGUCAGCCUCAGUGGCAAACUUGUCGGACCACUUUUCCUUUGUUUAAAAGAACCCGCUGGUUAUUUAAGUGAAAAUGUUCGAUGUAGUUCGAAAAAUACAUCCUGA